UUCAGGCGACCGAAGCUUUUGAAUUUAGCUAGGUACUACCACUAAUAUUAACCUUGUACUAACUUACUAGCUGCUGUAGGCUAUUAUCAACUAAACUAGAUCAACAAUGUCAUUGGCAGACGAUGUCGGAUGGACAUGGUCCCCGGAGGAGACAAAGGCGCUGAUCUCCGUAUGGUCAAACGAACAGAUUCUUCUGAAGAUGGAGCAAACGUACAGAAACAAACAUGUUUACAGCGAAAUUUCGGAGCGGCUAAAGGACCUUGGUGUCAAACGGACGUGGAAGCAGUGUCAAAACAAGAUGAAGGCAUUGAAGUGGAGAUACAGAGAAACACUGAGAAACCCAAGCAGCAGCCGACCGUGUCCAUUCUUUUCUGAACUGCACGAAUUUCUCGCCGCCAUGCCUGACAUGCCUGAGUCUAAGGAAACUGACGAUGAGGAAGAUAAUAGUCGUCCUCUUCCUCUGUUGUCUCUGCGUCUUCUGGUUCCUCCACUGCGGCUGGUGUCCGCAGCUCUAUGGCAAGUUGUUCAGCGCAGAGACACAAUGGACUACGGGUUGGUGGAGGAGUUUGUGACCACUGUGUUGGAGAUAACCCCCGAUUUGAUGAGUUACAGAGAGAAAGUCCAACUCAUCAUGGGGCUGCGAGCACAGCUGGUUCUGGAGUUGUGUCGCUCUGAUCAUUCAGCCGACCCGGAGACCAUCCAGCCACACCUGAGCAGGAUGAGGACCUGCAUCAUCACUCAUAGAGAAAAGGAGAUAGAUACAGAGGUCGAGGCAUCAGAGUCAAACUUCUUGGAACUUGUCCAAACUCUUCUAGAUGACCCACUUGAGAGGGAACACUUCUUCCAGGAAGUUUUUCCAGAAGAAUUUGGCCCCGUGUAUGACACGGCACUGCAGACUCUGAUGUGGGAGUUCCUCUCCAGGCUGGAGAAACUGCUCCCAACACCAACAUUUCAACAGACUGCAUCCUGGCUGAGACCUGCCCCCUCUAUGCUGAACGAGUGUGCACAGUCUGUGACUCAACCUCAGCCUUUGAAGACUCUCCUCCAGCACCACAGAUGCCAUGGCCAUUUGUUCGCUAAUGAUUGA